AUGAAAUGGACCACUUGCCCCCUUCUCUAUUCAUCUAUAUAUAAACCGACCCACAUUCUUAUUCCCCAAUCUCAUUUCAAGCUUUUAACUCAUCACUUCUCUUCGCAACUCAUAUAUUUUCAUACCAACAAAGUAACUAAACAACUAUAUUCAGAAUGGUGAGAGCUCCUUGUUGCGAGAAGAUGGGACUGAAGAAAGGUCCAUGGACUCGAGACGAAGAUCAGAUUCUUAUCAAUCAUGUCACUCUUCAUGGCCAUGACAAUUGGCGAGCUCUUCCUAAACAAGCUGGUUUGUUAAGAUGCGGGAAGAGUUGUAGGCUUCGGUGGACAAAUUAUCUGCGGCCGGACAUAAAACGAGGAAAUUUCAGUCAAGAGGAGGAGGAAACUAUCAUCAACUUGCAUGAAGUUCUUGGAAACAGAUGGUCUGCAAUUGCAGCAAGCUUACCAGGACGAACAGACAAUGAGAUUAAAAAUGUGUGGCACACUCAUCUAAAAAAGAGAAUCAACAAAGUUCCAAAAACUACUGCCCCAACAUCCCAUAAUGCAGAACAAUCAAGUGAUCUGAAAUUUACCUCCCCUUCGAGAUUUCAAGUUAAGGAUGAUAUUUCCCAGCAAAAUUCCCCUCAACAACAAUCAUCAAUGACCACCAGUAGUGCUGAAGAUAACACGAGUGCUGAACCCUUGACCGAUUUUCUCGAAGUCGAUGAUUCAUUCUGGUCCGAAGUAUUUUCGAGCGAGAACUCCAGCGACACAAGUGAGUUUCUAGCGGAUAAUGGUGGUACAGCUACGAGUGGAUUUAACGGUGAUGACUUCCAUCUUCAAUUCCCGGAAUUCGAUAAUGAUCACAUGAACAGGGAUAUCAUGGACAAUUUCUGGUACGAUAUGUUAACAAAUUCAUCUGGGCCGCUACCGGAAUUUUAAAUGAAAGAUGUUCCGGCCGUUUUAGAGUAGAUGAGUAAUGGGAGUUAAAUAGCGACUUUGGAAAUCAUAGGUGAUUAUAUUUCUGGUUUUCUAUUUUUCUUGUUACCGAUUAUUACUAGCCAUAGGCUUACCGUUUUGGUGUGUAGUGUACAACAUUCCAAUGUAGAUAAAGACCAAUACAAUCUAAUUAAGCAAGCCUCGGGCGUUAAGCAAAAAAAAAGUGCUCAUACAUUUGUAUAUAUACUCAUGUAAUUUGGCCUUGUUUUUCUCAAAUAAUUCCGUUGAUAUAUUUGUAUACACGUAAAUAAUAAGUACUUGUGAAAAUUAAAGUUUAUA